CAUGUGCCUGAGUGUAAUUUUGCCGUUCUAGUUUGUCGUUUUGGAAGGAGGUCAGAAUGUGCAAGUGAAAGUGUAGGAAAGCACAUGCUUGAAGCCUGCAACAACAACCUGGAGAUGGCAGUCACUAUGUUCCUGGAUGGGGGAGGAAUCGCAGAAGAGCCCAGUACCAGUUCUGCAAGUGUCUCCACUGUCAGACCACAUACAGAAGAAGAAGUUCGUGCCCCAAUUCCUCAAAAGCAAGAAAUAUUGGUGGAACCAGAACCUUUGUUUGGUGCUCCUAAAAGACGACGGCCUGCACGUUCAAUAUUUGAUGGAUUCCGAGAUUUUCAAACUGAAACUAUUCGGCAAGAGCAGGAACUAAGAAAUGGCGGAGCAAUAGAUAAAAAACUAACUACCCUUGCAGAUCUAUUCCGGCCACCCAUUGACUUGAUGCAUAAAGGCAGCUUUGAAACAGCCAAAGAGUGUGGCCAGAUGCAGAAUAAGUGGCUGAUGAUAAAUAUUCAAAAUGUGCAAGACUUUGCAUGCCAGUGCCUCAACCGUGAUGUAUGGAGCAAUGAAGCUGUGAAAAACAUUAUCCGAGAACAUUUCAUUUUCUGGCAGGUUUAUCAUGACAGUGAGGAAGGUCAGAGAUACAUACAGUUUUAUAAGCUAGGGGACUUUCCCUAUGUCUCCAUCUUGGACCCACGAACAGGUCAGAAGCUAGUAGAGUGGCACCAGUUAGAUGUAUCUUCUUUCUUGGACCAAGUGACAGGAUUUCUCGGUGAACAUGGGCAACUGGAUGGACUUUCUAGCAGUCCUCCCAAAAAAUGUGCCCGAUCAGAGAGCCUGAUAGAUGCAAGUGAGGACAGUCAGCUGGAAGCUGCCAUCAGAGCUUCCCUGCAGGAGACGCAUUUUGACUCCACUCAGACGAAGCAGGACAGCCGCUCAGAUGAGGAGUCUGAAUCUGAACUUUUUUCUGGCAGUGAGGAGUUCAUAUCUAUUUGUGGCUCCGAUGAAGAAGAAGAGGUAGAAAAUCUUGCCAAAUCCAGAAAAUCUCCCCACAAAGAUUUGGGGCAUAGAAAAGAGGAGAACAGGAGGUCACUGACUGAGGCCCCUGCCAGAACUGAGCCUGGGACAGCCACAAAUCACCAAGUAUUGCCAGCUUUGGACCCAGAGAUCCUGGAGAUGUCACCUGAAAAGUCAGAUGGAAUUAUGGAAGGGGCGGAUGUAAACGGACCAAAAGCACAGCUGAUGUUGCGGUACCCAGAUGGAAAAAGGGAACAGAUCACUCUUCCAGAGCAAGCUAAGCUGCUAGCUUUAGUGAAGCAUGUCCAGUCUAAAGGAUAUCCAAAUGAACGUUUUGAACUUCUCACCAACUUCCCUCGGAGGAAACUCUCUCACCUGGACUAUGACAUUACAUUACAGGAGGCAGGCCUUUGUCCUCAAGAGACUGUCUUUGUACAGGAGAGAAAUUAACACCUUGGCCUGACCUCUCUCAGCUUAUCCCCUUUCCCUUGUGAUAUUCCAUAUCACUACGUAUGCAUUUGGCUCAUAGAAUGAGAGAGCCAAAGUUGGGCAAGCAAGUCACCUGCCUUCUCUUUAUUUCUUGUUCUCUUCUGUAAUUAGUCUCUUCCUCCCACCCUUUCCUCUCCUGAUCGACUUUUUCCAUGUUCUUUAUUUCUUAUCUAAUCUGGUGACCAAAUGGAAGUGUAAGAAUAAGAUCUCUCCUAGUACUGACAGCAGGAAAUGUGUGUCUGAUAAGUGGUCUUUUGCACAGCGUUUUUUCAGGAUCAGAUGGUAUUAUUCCUCAGACUCCUUUGAUAAAUAAUAACUAUAUUCAAAAUAAGAACAACCUCCCUUUUUAAUGAGCCCCCAUUUUUAGUAGGGAGAAGAAGUUCUGAACACGUUUUUGUUGUUCUUCAUGUAGGAAACAUCACAUAACAAAAUACCUAGGCUUUUGUUUACAUGGACAUAGCAUUGUUUAUAUUAUUGCUCAUAUGUAAAAAAAAAAAUUUUGUAAAAGAUAUCCAUCUUCCCAGCUACAGAUUAUUUCCAUGCUGUGUGUUAUUGGCAGAAUGAGUGUUUGGUGUAAGACGUGUAGUAUGGGGUGGCUUUCAAUGUCCUAGCCUGACACAACUUUCUUCAUGAUUACUCAGUUAAGUCUAUUGAUCCUGCUAGUCAUAGAAUGGACAUUUAGUGAGCAUAUUGUGGUGAUGGAUAGGAAUGUGCUUGCUGUUUUUGCCAGUAGAGCAUAUUAGUCCUUUGGCUCCUCCAUUGUCUGAGCCCACAUUGAGCUGUAGAAGGCCAGCUAUUCAAUAAUCAUGCAGUACAAUGGCUUGUGAUUGUAACCACUGUGGUUAUUGAUAGUCCUAUGUGCUCAAGGCAUACUUAGGUAUGUCCCAGGGGAAAGAAAAACCUGCAGCUCAGAGUUGCUAACCAUGUUCCUUUGGUUAGAAAUAAUGAUUCUUUUUUUUUAACCACUGGUUGAAAUAGUUUCUAAAGGCUCUGGUAACGGACCUUAAUUUUUUAUUUGAUUUUUCCCUCAAAACUGAAAGUCUGCAAGGGGGAAGAUGUUUAAACUCAGCUCAUAAGACA